CUUGGCACAGUGUUACACCGUCCGGGUUAUCUGGAUACUUCCCACCAACACCAACCUAUCCGAACUCCGGAGAUGGGAACUUGCCCUUCAGUAUAUCCUCUCUUCUCGUCAUCCGCCAGGCCUCAAUCUCCGCUAAUUUCAAGUUGCCGCCACUCAUACCUCACCGGUCUUUCAACAACUUCUUUGCCUCUACACUUCUGCCUCGACUGACAUCUCUGCCCAAACUCUUUGUCUUUAAAUAUGUCUGCUUGUGUCUGUAUGUGUGGAUGGAUAUGUGCGUGUGUGCGAGUGUAUACCUGUCCUUUUUUCCCCCUAAGGUAAGUCUUUCCGCUCCCGGGAUUGGAAUGACUCCUUACCCUCUCCUUUAAAACCCACUUCCUUUCGUCUUCCCCUCUCCUUCCCUCUUUCCUGAUGAGGCAACAGUUUGUUGCGAAAGCUUGAAUUUUGUGUGUAUGUUUGUGUUUGUUUGUGUGUCUGUCGACCUGCCAGCACUUUCAUUUGCGCAGUGGGGCACAAUAUUAUGAGGAAAACGUUAGUAGCAGCUGCUUUCCAAGUUCACUUGGACCAGAACCAAUGUCUAUACACCAAGAGGCUAUAUAAAGCCACUGCCAAUGUUGGAACAGGCCAGCCACCAACAUGGAACUCAGGCUGCUGGUGGUUUGGGGCCUGCUGUGGCUGGAUGGCUGGCUGGUUCAGGCCCAGACUUUCUCUUCAUCAAAUUCAGAAUCCAGUUCAUUCUCAUGGAGUGGCCUGAACAUACCACACAAUUUCUUGAAUUUAACAGGGCCAAAAUCAAACCCUAUUUCAUUCAGUAACCCUAAAAAUCUGUAUCUCAUGUUUGAUCGCCCAACAGAACCACUUUUUGUGCCUAAAGGAAAAGACAGCAAAAUUGUAUUCAAGCUGCCAACUGACUAUCUGCCAUCUCGUUUCCAAUCUGCAGUUUCUGAACUAAUAAAUCGAUGGAGUGGAGUUAAGAAUGCACAAGAGUUAGAAGUGAAGCCUAUCAAGCCACCAGACAUCUCAUUCCCCCAGAGCCUGGGUCGUCAAGAGAGUUUCUCUCCUUUUAUACCACAUCACAGAAGAAUGGCUACACAUUUGACAGAAACACUUGUAGGAAUGCGGUCGUUUGAGGAUUUCUUUUCCAUGUCAGUCUACUGUCAUGACCGUAUCAACCCAUACAUGUAUGCUUAUGCAUUAUCAAUUGCCAUGAUAAAUAGAAAGGACACACAAAAUCUACCUCUACCACCACUAUCUGAAGUGUUUCCAGACAGAUUCAUGGACAGUGCAGUUUAUGCACGGUGUCGAAGAGAAGCUAAUGUUGUUGGUGAAGGAAGCAGGAGACCAAUUGUGAUUCCUCGUGACUACACAGCUUCUGAUCUGGAAAUAGAACAUCGUAUUGCAUACUUCAGAGAAGACAUGGGUGUUAAUCUGAUGCACUGGCAGUGGCAUCUGGUCUAUCCAAACACUGGAUCAAUCGAUCUCGUAAAUAAAAAUCGCCGUGGUGAACUUUUUUUCUAUUUCCAUCAUCAAGUUCUUGCAAGAUACAAUUUUGAGCGAUUAUCCAACAAACUUGGUCGUGUGAAGCGUUUGCUGAACUGGCGUGAACCUGUAGAGGAGGGAUACUUUCCAAAGCUGGAUAAUGUUGUCUCUAGUAGAGUUUGGCCACAGCGUCAUUCAGGUGCUUUCCUAAGGGAUGUAAAUCGAGUACUCCAGCGACUUAAAGUUGACAUCCAGGACAUGGAAAGGUGGCGUGACCGGCUGUACGAGGCCAUCCACAGUGGAGCUAUUAUAAAUUCAAGAAAUGAAAUAGUUCAGUUGACAGAAUUCGAAGGCAUUGACAUCCUUGGUAACCUGCUUGAAGCAAGUGCACUUUCUCUUAAUCCAAACUACUAUGGUGACCUUCACAAUUUUGGACAUGUGUUGAUGGGCUAUUGCCACGAUCCUGAUGGGAGACAUCUGGAAAGCUUUGGAGUUGUUGCUGAUUUUGCAACAGCCAUGAGGGAUCCCAUAUUCUACAGAUGGCAUGCAUUUGUGAAUGGCAUCUUCCUGGAACAUAAGAAUCUUCUACCAAGAUACACAGUUCAGCGGCUUGGCUUUGACAAAGUUCGUGUAACAGGUGUAGAAGUCAUAGCAAAAGAGUCAGAAAGGAAUACAUUAUUCACAUUCUGGCAAUGCAGUGAUGUGGAUACCUCAAGAGGAAUUGAUUUUGCACCACGAGGAUCAGUGUUUGUUCGUUUUACUCAUCUGCAGCAUUUACCAUUUGUCACUAGAAUUUUGAUUGAAAAUAAUGGUGCUCCACGACUGGGGACUGUUAGAAUUUUCAUGGCACCUAAAUUUGAUGAACGUGGUCUUUCAAUGCUCUUUGAAGAUCAGAAGGACCUUUUCAUUGAAAUUGACAAGUUUGCUGUGCAAUUGAACAGUGGGCGAAACAUCAUACGUCGUAGUUCAGAGGAGUCAUCUGUAACAAUACCAUAUCAGCGUUCAUUUAGGAAUUUAACAGGAGUUGGAGAUAAACCUGAGGAGGCUUCAUAUACAUUCUGUGGUUGUGGUUGGCCACAGCACAUGUUGAUUCCAAAGGGGCAGGCAGAUGGAUUGCCAGCAGAGUAUUUUGUGAUGGUGUCUGAUGGUGCUCAAGACAAGGUUGACCAACCUCCAUCAGAUAAUACUUGUCGACCUGCUCAUAGCUACUGUGGAAUUCAGAAUCGCAAUUAUCCAGACCGUCGCAACAUGGGAUACCCUUUUGAUCGUAUGCCACGUGUAGAUGCCAGUACAUUACGUGAAUUCCUGACACCGAACAUGGGCUUGAUUGAUGUGAACAUAGUACAUCAUGAAAUUACCCUUGACCACAAGGGGCAACCAAUGGACUGUACAUGAUCAUCAUGUAUUGUCUAUCCAACACAGCAGAUAUGCAGGAUGGAACAUUUCUUAUAUAUGAGACAUAACAGUGAAAAAUUAUAACAUAGUUACAUUUUUAGUUUCCUUCCUUCAAGCUUUCACUUUCAUUAUUUGUGCAUAUUGUGUAAUAAUUUCCUGUUGUAUUGUUAAAUUAUAAAGGGAGUUUUGUAAAUCUC